CUAUUUGACAUUUCCAAUUGUCACUAUUUGUCAACUUUCAGGUUACGAUUUUCGAUUGGAAUUGUUGGCUGCUAGGAGAUUUCGAUAGCCCCGUGAAGAGAUUUUUGGUGGUUGAACGCAAAUUACAUAACGCAGUACUAACUCAUCACAAUGUCCCAAGCUCCAGUACGUGUAUCGCCAUUGAUUAAAUUCGGCCGGUGGUCUUUACUACUUGUAGGCGUAGGCUAUGGUGCCUUCCAUCAAAACAGAUUAUCAAAGAAGGAAGUAAAGGUGCGCGAAAUCGAAGCACAACAAAAGGAGGUGCGCGAUGCUAAAUUGGCCGAAGAGAAGAAACGUGCGGCUGAUGCGGAAGCUCGUGCUCUGGCGGAACUCUCCAAGCCAACUCCAAAGAAAUAAACCAUUUCCACCCGAAGGAUUUAUAGUAUAGAUUAUGCUCACCACAAUCGAAAUGAUGCGAAGUUAAUAAACAAAAUAUGUAAUAACAUCAAUUGAUUGUGCAUGCCAAUUUUUGGAAAUCGUGACAUUCAAGGCUUAUAUUUCGCAGUACUGCGACCGGUGUUUAUUAAUUCUUAUUUAAAACAGACGGAUUUUUGAAAUAUAUGUAUGGUGUAUGUGAUGGAUUUAAAGAAA